AUGGGCGGUAACGGGAGAGACGUUUGUAUUUUCCACGGUUCUGAUCGUCUUCUGUCAGCAGUUUUUACCGGAAAUGGGAAAUUCUGCGCUACGGGAGGGGAUGGACGACUCGCUACAGUUUGGGACACCUCUUGUGGCGAAGCAAUUAUGAAAAUGCCCCCACAUCUGAGUCCAGUUACCAAACUCGCGUUCAACAGCACAAAUACUCUUCUCGCGUCUGGAGAUGCUGACGGUCUUGUCAAAAUCUGGGAUUUGAAGGAAGCUCGACUAAUGCGCAAUCUCGAGGGACAUCGCCUCGGAAUUACAUGUCUGGCGUUUUAUCCAAACGAAGAAACAGUCGUUUGCGCUAGCGGGAGCAAAGAUGGCAGGCUCCGACUAUGGGACAUCAAGCGCAAGGGCUUCUUUCGAACAUUCGGGCGAAAAGGAGGAGCUGUCAUUCUAAGCUGCGCCUUUUCUCCUGAUGGUAGGUUGAUUGCAGUCGCAGAUGAGGAGAGUAUCAAAGUCUACGAUGUGAAUUCUGAGGGAGCUCCGCUCGUAAAUUUAUCUUGUCAGAAUCCUGGAAAUGUUCAAUUUCACCAACGAGAAAUGAUCAUGGUUUAUUCGACCUUUUCUGGUGGAGUCAUUCCUGGCAAUUCUUGCGUCAAUAUCUUCGACUUAGAAACGAAAGAAACAACGUCAAGCGUAAUCAGUCCAAGCCGCGUCGAGUCGAUAGCCUUCCAUCCCGUAAAACCAGUGUGCUUUGCGCUGACAGAAGACGGAUUAAAAGUUGUCGGGCUCGAGUCCAACCGCAUCUACGAUUCAGUUAAUUCUCCUUUCCGACGCGUACACAGUGCAUUCGCUCUUGAGAGCGAACUCCUCGUGAUUUGUGAUGACGCAAAAGCGCCGGGAAAAUUAAUGCAAUUCGACAUCAUGAAACUUUGCUUGGAGCAGCCUGAUACGCCGCAAACUGCUGGAUCGUCGAGGGGUAUUUUCGAGCAAUCGAGGCCUGGGACGAUGGAAAGUAUGUACAACGUGGACUCGCCGUUCUCCGAUGACGCUACUGGUGCCAAAAUCGAAAUAAAGGAUAUGCAGAAGUUCGCUGCGUUGUUCGACAAAAAAGCAAAUGUAAAAACAGCUGGAGAAACAUAUGUUGUCCCACCAAGACAAGGAGAUUUUAAGAAUUUACCGAAAGUGUCAAAAAGGAACGGAUAA